AAUGGAGUUGAGCUUUCUUUCUGCUUUCCUAAGGCAGGAAGCAAGGCAUGUGCAAUUAUGGUGUUCGUGUCUGUCAGUGCCCCCUCAGCCCCAGCAGUGGCUUUUGAAGUUUGACAGAGGGUACAUGUCUGAAAGAUACACACAUUUCUGCACGUUUCAUGGCUGCAAGUGAGCGAGGCAGUUCUCACGCCAGCUGAGGGAGACACGUCAGGUCCCGCAGGCUUCCCUCGGCCUCCCCUCCCACCACCCACGCACCCUGCAGCCCUCGAGCUGCAGAGCAGGGAGAGUGGUUAUGGAUGGGAGAGACAUCAGCCCUGUGAAAUACCAGGGGUUCUUUAGGAACCAGAAUCUUCAGUGUAAGGCAUGAAGCUACAGGAAAGCAGGCUGAGGAAAUUGAUGCUGCCAGCCCCAGUUUUGUGACAGGAAUUUUGGAUGUUCCAGGGCCAUGGAAUAUCCCAGACUGGGAGUUCUUAAGUGCCUGUGUGUGUUUUAUCAGCACCAGAAAUGGGUGGGAAGUAGCCUCUGGAAAACAAUCAUAUUUUUAAGGAUACCAAAGAAAAUUGUAGACAUUUUCAUAUUUAACAAAGUUUAGAAAACUAGCAGGGAGUGCUGCCUAUAUCUGAGAUGCCUGUUUGGAUCCUGCUAGAGGGUGUCACCCCUUCUAGUUUCUUACCACUUACUGCCUAGCAUUCCUCCAACAUAUCAAUGUCUACACUAAAAAGGCAAAAAAUAUCAGGUCUGCUCUAGCCUUUGCACCAUGGAUUGUCCAAUGAAGCGGCUUUAGUGCUGCGAAAGAGAAUGUGAUGUUUGCCAUGCAGGCAGGAUUUUAAAUAUGUUCUCCUGGCACACGUAGAUUUUCCUGCCAUGGCUUCAGAAAAUACGUGAGAGCAACCAUAUAGCCAGAGGAACACUGUUUCCAUAUUCUUUUUCUAAUUUUUCCAUAAGUCAUAAAAAUAAACAUUACCUGCCCUAGAGGGCUAAAAGUCUGGGCUAGGAAUGUGACACAUUGCCUUAGUCUUUGCUGUGGAGGGUACCCAAGGGAGAGGGUCAGCGUCCGUGAUGACAGCAGCCAAAAUUUCUCACGGUGAAGUGUGAAACUCUGGAGCUUGGAUUUCCUUGGCAGUGCUUAUUUAAGUUGUAGACCCAAACCAGUUCCCACAUUUGCACUUGUUCCUCCUGUAAGGGUUUCUCUCUGGGAUUUUUUGAAGAAAGUUAUGACUAAUGCUUCUGUAGAGAAAGCUGCACUUACACCAAGUGCUCUUGCAUGCUAAUGCUCAUCUCACCCCAUGGCAACAGCAUUCCUUGGAUCUCAGCAUGUGCAUCCUCACAGCAGCUUGCAAAUUCUGCACCCACUUACUCCCAUCCUGCAGAUAGAUAAAAGCAACACCAGUGAGCUUAAGGGAUUCAGCCAAAGUACGCAGGAAUUAUUUGGAAAUCAAGAAAUUCCUGUCUGUCCUCACCCUUUGUGAUGUCAGCUUUGCCUUAAUCUUUACCCAUGCCAUUUCAGAAAUGCUGUGACUGGUGAAAAAAACCCGUCCUUGACCAUUGUGCACCAAGGAAGGUGAGGUUUCUUUCUCAUUGUGAUGUUUUCUGUUUUAACAAGGUAGACAAAUAAAACUUUGAUCAAAAGAGCAAAGAUAUUUUCCUUCUCUCCAGAAGUGGCAGAGAGCACAACCAUGCUCGUGUUGCAGUCUCUCUCUCCUCUGUUUCUUCAUGACAGAAGGUUUCUAAUCAAAAGCAGAUAGAUGGGUUAGUGUGUGUUUUGGGACAGCGCAUCCUGACAAGUCUUUGUGCUGGGAAACAGAUGAAAUAAAUACCUGACGGAUUUUGCAAUCAGCUGCAAGAAAAUAGCACAUAUAAGCUGAGCCCAACACCCUUCCCCUUGUCUCCCUGCAUCCAUGGAAGGAUUUUUAGGGGACUUCAUCCAUUUCUUCAAAGCACUUGGGUGUUCAGGCCCAUCUCUACUGAUCUGCAGAAGAAUUUUCUCCCCUUCAUUUAUGCCUUCCCUGGAGGUUUCCAGGAGUGGCCAUGGCCAGCAGCAGCUGGCUGUGAGCAGGAGGUCUGGGUGGCUUCCCCAGAAGCAGAGGAAUCAAGCAGAAGCAGAGGAAGAAGCUCUCUGGCUGUGGGAAGCCUCACAAGAAAGCUGGAAAGGGGCUCUUCUCAAGAGCCUGAAUCACUAAGCACCCACCCACAAAGGUUGGGCACGAUCUCUGCUCUCCAGCAGCCUCUGUGCCAGAAAAGGGAUCAGGCUACAGGUUUCUGAGGGUAUUUCAGUAUGCUGAAGCAUUCCCCUCCUCUAGUUCUUCAACACAGGAGACCAAGCAGGUAAUUUUUCUGCCCUAUGCCUAACUGUAUUUGCAGGAUAAGCUAACUAGAAAAGUCAAAGGAAACAAAAUUAAACUCAGCAGCACAAGGCAAUGUAAAAUACAGGGAUAAUCGGCUCUUUUGGGUCUUUUUCCAAAAGCCAAGAAUCUUCAGCUGAGCAGAAAUAACACCCUGAAGUACUGCUGUUGGAGGAGGAUGUUUUUGAAUAAUCUGUUACAUUUUCAGCAGUGUGGGGAUUUCUCUUGGGAAUUCCCAUCCCCAUGCCAUUGCAGCAUUGCUCAAAAAAUGUUCAGCAUGUCCUGGGGUUCAUUUAUCCCUGGGGCCAUCACUACAGACAGAGCUCUGCUAUUGUCAGCUUGUCUCUCCAGCCAGGGCUACUGAGGGAGGAAGAGGAAGAAGUCACAUUUCUAGUUUUUUAAUGCCAAAGACCUCAUCCCCUUGGUGCCUCCUACCUUAACCCUGUGAGAGCAGGGGCUGUGUGUGGGUGUCAAAGCUCAGCUUUUGCUUCCAUCCUUCAGCAGGGCUUAAGCAAAAACCUAUCUAAAAAAACCUAGGAUUUUUUGCAGGGAAAGGCAUAAGUGAUGAAAUUGGUUGUCUCUUCUGUCUGACCAAAUUAUUUCACUCAAGUAUUUGGAGUAAUUUUUUAAGUUCAUGUUACCCAGGAAAGAAAUAAAGCUGUCUUUUAAAUAUUAAGUUGAUUUGGGAGACAAAGAGGCGUUUAUCCAUUCAGAGGUUAAACAAAUAGGAAAGACACGUUUGAAAUAUUCUGAAGUAAGACAUUGAAGAGUUUGCUGGCUGAUGAUUUGCAAUACAGUUUAAUAAAGUCUGAAUUUCCCUUCUCCAAAAGGCAAACUAAAUACAUGAAAUAACAAACUUCAAGAAAGCAAACCUGAGUUUUUCUUGCCCAUAUUGUCCCUUUCAUUUGAUUCAUGCAGUUCACUUACAGAUAGGCAGAUGUUAGCAAGAGAACUAAAAAAAUACCAAAAACUUUGGAGGUUGUAGCCUCCAAAGGAAUUUAGUAACUUUUAAAUCCCAUCUGACACCCAAUCCAAAACCUACAGAAGUCAAAAGAGAGAUUUCCGUUUACUUCAUUGAGCUCUGGAUUGAGAUCUCGGUUUCUCCACAGAAAUCUGUUCUUCUUGUCAUGGUGCUAAACUAAAGGCUUUUGAAUAUAGAGGAUCUGAAUUCAAAGUGUUUUCUACCAUUUUCACCCAGCUACUUGAAAGACCAUCAAAACAGUAUCUUGGUGUAUGAGGCACUGCAAAUCUGUUUCUGAAAAGUCUAGUUUGCGUGUUUGCUAAGGAUUGUAUCAAAUGGAGGGAUGAUCAGACAAUGCAUGUGGCCUUCAGAGGGAGAGCUGUACCCCAGUCCACAGCUGAGUUGUGCUCUGUGAACACCAGGGUGAAUUUUGAGCAAGGAACCAGUUUACUGGAGAUGCUCAGAGGGGAAAUAAGAGUUUGCAAAGAGAUUUGUGCUGCUGGAGUGCGCGCCAUUCCCUUUACUAUCCAAACGUACUGAGAUAUCCACAAGUUGAAGCAUGUCUGAGCAGGCACUUCAAGGCCAGCUGAUCCAGGGGUCAGGUUUACAAAGCUGUUGAGGUAAGCAGAAGAUAGAUGCUUUGCAGGGCAUUUGACACCUCUCCUUCACAGAUGCCUCUCUGUCAGGGGACCACUCAGCAGCUUUACAGCCUGGUUGGUGUAAAUCUGACUGUGCUGUACUGCCCUGGUGAGUCACCACCCCAGGGCAGUCAUCAUUUAAACCGACAUCUGACCAAAGGUCCCGGGCAAAGGAUGCUUUGCCACUCCCACACAGUACAGCAUCACGUCCCUGACACGGUCCUGUGCUGGUGCUGAGAGCUCGAGGUUUUCUCUUUGCCAUCACAUCAGUUAUGCCCGUCAGAAAACCGGGACUCAGCGAACUUGGCUGGUGUUUGCAACCUGGCGUAGAGGAAAAGGGGUGCAAACCUCAGGGAGAGAAACGUGAUGGUGGUGAGCUGACUGUCACCUUUCCAGCCUGGGCGCUGGAAUAGCAGGAGCUGGUUUGGCACCAGACCCAGCUCUCUCGUGCAGGGGCUGCAGCUGUCGGAGCAGCAGCGUGUGUGCUGUGCUGGUGCAGCUAAUAGCUGCUCUGAGGACUUGCCUACAUGGGAAAAUUUACCAGCGUAAUUAUCCCACUGUAAUUAUCCCAGGAUAACUCUCCCUGUGGAUGUGCUUAAUAUAACAUAGGGUAUGUAUGAAUAUAUGAAAUCUUCUGCACAGAUGGGGCUCAAGUUACAUAGAGGAGGAAUGUUUACAUUGCAGCCCAGCAGCAAAGCACAGUUUAUAUCCUACUUCCCUGCAAAUGUUACACCCAGAAUUUUCUGUGGCAGAGGUACUUGCAGGGGGAAUUACGUGUUACUUGAUCUGAUCAGCAAAAAUGUAAAGCCUCAACCUUGCCCUGUAACAUGGAGCACAACAUUUGCUUUUACAGAAUUGCUGUGGAAGCCAGGAUGAAGGCUAGGACACUGCUUUGUACCUCUCUGUGAUCCUGUUCAACUCUUUUUAUAGAGUAGACAUUUCAAUUUGUUCUUCGUUUGACUUUUUUGUUCAGGAUACGGUGACUGAAGCUGGGAGAAAACCUUGGAGCGCUAAAAGCUCUUCAAACAUUGACUUUCUCUACCAAGCUUUCAGGCCAGGUUCUUUUGCCAAAUGUUGUCAUUCCCAUUCCUUGAGUGCUUAGUCCCCUCUCCUCUGAUAACUCUCCUACUUAGGAUUUUAGCUUCUUCAAUCUGAUAGAAGAUGAAUGACUGAGGAAAUGAUGAGCACCAAGCUCAUUUUUCUAUACUCCAUGUUAAGAGAGAGAAUUUGCUGGGAGGAAGCUGAGCUGCACCCUGUAAGAGGAUGAAGAUGGCUGCACUUCCUGAAGGCUGCUCAGCAUUCACCCAUCACUGCUGCUGUCAUCCUGACUUAGGGUGAAGCAGAGGUGUCCGUCAUCAGGAGUCACUUGGCCAAACCAAAUUUUGCUGAUAGCAGUCCCGAAAGGAAGUGAUAUUUUUGUUUUGGGCCCAAGUCAGUUCUGAAGAGCAAAAAAUUCCAACCAAUAACUAAUCUCUCUAAAUUAUCUUUUAAUUUUCAACAAUUUAAAAUAAUGAGAGUCGUGUGAUAAUAGACUGGAAGAAAUGGUACAAUAAAUUAAGCAGCAGCACUUGGAAACAAGAUUUCAAGAUGAAAUUACUCAUAUAGGUGUGUGGUGAAGUUUAGAUCCAAUGCAUCAGCUGUUAUUAGGUUAGGAGUAAAAUAAUUGCAAGUGAUUGUGUUGCCUGGAUUAUGCCUAAACAAAACCUCCAGACCUAAGCAGAUUGAUCUACUGUGAGGUGCAAGAACUACUUCAGAAAGACAGUUCAUCUGCUUUUGCCCCCUCCAGUGUCAGCAGGGACAGCAGGCUUCAGAAAUCCCAUAAAAACCAUUUGAUUUGCGCAACACAAUCUCCAAAACUUUAACUGCUGUUUCUCUUCUAGCGUCUAAGAAUUAUUUUAGGAUUAUUGCCCAUGUGAAACUGUACUGUGUUCACAAGAGUUCUUUUUCUUGUUUUCCAGCUUGCUGAAAAAUCCUGGCCUUGUGGUAAGGCAGCUGACUCACUUCCGGUUCAACCAAAAAAUUUAGAAAUGGCCUCUGUGUCAGGCACUUUUGUGGGUCGAAGCAUACCAGUCGAAGUGGAUGAAUCUAUGCCAUGGUCCCAGUUACCUGAACAUGUCUUGGAAAAGGCUUUGCAGCCUUCUGGAGAGGAUAUAGAGGAUAAGGAGGCCCAGAGCCCAUGUGUUGUUCAAGCACCUCAGGCAGAUCCAUCUUGCCUUUGCAGAGCACCAGCACAUCAUCACUCAGCACCGUCCGUGGAGCCAGACGGCAGUUUAUGGUCAAAAUAUACUGAUCCUGAUGGAAGUGGACACUUCUGUUUCCCUGGUGAAUCAAUAUCAGGAGUAUUUCCCUCGAAGACACAUUCUAUAGCUAUGGACAAACCAGGCAUGCAGCCAAGAUCCCAGCUUUCAGCUGACCCCAGGCACAACUCCAGUAAAUCAGAGCAGAUCUUGUCUGAUGUUCCUGAGGACUCACUGGAGGGGAGCAGCCAAGGGAGUUCACAGUCACAGCAACCCUCAGGAAACAGACUCCUGGCAGAGCUGGGGACUGUAGAUACAGGGUACAACUCCCAGUCACAAGAUGUCAUGGGCAUCAGGCAUCUGGAUCCCCCAUUACCACUGGUGUCUGUGCUGAACCCCCAGGACCUCCCAGGACCACUGAUCUCCAGAGAGUUUUUGGGACCUGAGCAUCAGCAGUGCCCUAUGUGCCAGCACUUGCCCCAUCCCAACACGCCCUCGCCAGCCCACGGCUGCUUCAGGCACCGGUGCCUGGCACAGCAGCCCCCCCAAGGCCCAUAUGGCAGAGCUCCCUACCAACAUUUUGCAGAGCCAUCGCAACCACUUCCUCCUGUUCCUGGACCUUGUAUGAGAGUUAUCCUCCCAGCCCAGCAAGUCAUCCCAAAUUACUCAAACCUUCGUGCCCCCAAAGGCGCUGGAGAUCGACUACCCCAGAGGACGUGCUCCUCCCCUGGUCCUCCUCGAUUCCCAAACCAGCUAUACAACCAGCUACCUAAUGGUCAGCUACCUCCCAAGGCAUGUGGCCUAGAUGAAGCAUAUGGUUGUCCUUCUGACAAUUUUCCAUCUCCAGCUGCUGUCCCGAGACCUCUCAGCAACCCUGCAGCCAAGGGAACUCUGAGAACCAGCAAUCUGCCAGAGGAGUUGCGCAAGGUCUUUAUAACCUACUCAGUGGAUACAGCAGUGGAGGUUAUGAAAUUUGUGAACUUCCUGUCUGUAAACGGAUUUCAAACUGCUAUUGAUAUAUUUGAGGACACGGUACGAGGUAUUGACAUCAUUAAGUGGAUGGAGCGCUACCUAGGUGAUAAGACGGUGAUGAUAAUCAUAGCAAUCAGUCCAAAAUACAAACAGGAUGUGGAAGGGGCUGAAUCCCAGCUGGACAGGGAUGAACACGGCUUACAUACUAAAUACAUCCACAGGAUGAUGCAGAUCGAGUUUAUACAGCAAGGAAGUAUGAACUUCAGAUUCAUCCCUGUGCUUUUUCCAAAUGCCAAAAAGGAACACGUGCCUACCUGGCUGCAGAACACUCACAUUUACAACUGGCCAAAGAAUAAGAAGAACAUCCUUUUGCGGUUACUGCGGGAGGAGGAAUACGUUGCUCCUCCAAUAGGACCUUUACCAACACUCCAGGUUGUGCCGCUAUGAACAUGAUAACUUAAAGCACAUGACGAGUGGUUGUUAAAGGGUUGUUCCUGGCAGGGAGCCAACACUCUUCCAGAUGGCUCUUUCUGAUGACAGAAGACACUCUUUCUGCUAAAGGAAUUGGUUGUCUUGGGUUACUCAGGCUCAGCUUGUUCUCUACCAUGUUAAACAUCUAUUUCCAAAGCUGAUGGGGCAGAACUCUCUUCUCUAGAUUUUUAAAUAAGCUACAAAUGGAAAGAAUGUCCACUUUUAUUUUAACAUCUGGUUUUAACAUAUUCCUUUUAUUAGUCAUUAUAGCAAAUAAAUACCAGAAAUAAUGUUGCAAUAAGUGUGAAAUAAAAAUUACAUCCUCCUUUUUGCUCAGGGUUUCUUUAAAGAUAUUCCUGCUUUGUAUAGCAUUAUUGAACUAUCAAUUUGUAUAUACACUAUUAAAUAUAUUUGCCUUUUGUAAGGCAAUCUUGUA